GCCAGUGAAYACUAGGAUUUCAUACACACAACCAUGGACGGUGGAGGCUGUACCCCAGGAUUCCUGCAUGUCAGAUGGUGUGAUCCAGUUAUUGGAGGGUCUUGAUGGCAGGUUGAUGGCCAGUCUGAAGGACGUGCUGGUAGAGAGAAACCAGCUGACCCUUGGCAAGGAGCUGGGCAAAGGAGAGUUUGGCUCCGUGUAUGAAGGGGUCUUCACACCGGAGGAAGGAGGUGACAUAAAGGUGGCUGUGAAGACUAUGAGAGUUGGAAUCUACAGCCRGGAGGACUUGCAUGAGUUUUUGAAAGAGGCAGAGAUUAUGAAGAACUUUGAUCACAAAAAUGUUGUCAAACUACUAGGAGUCACUUUACAGAGCGAGCAGGAUGCUUCUCUGCCUGUUCCUCUSGUAAUCCUUCCUUACAUCAAACAUGGAGACUUGCGUCGUUUUCUUAUUGCGACACGCUACGGUGACAUUCCCAUGUUUGUGCCCCACCAAACACUCCUGCGAUUCAUGAUUGACAUUGCAGCAGGGAUGGAUUAUUUGAGCUCACAGGGAUUUUUGCACAGAGAUCUGGCUGCUCGGAACUGCAUGUUGGGUGAUGACCUUAGGGUUUGUGUWGCUGACUUCGGCCUGUCAAAGAAAAUCUACAGCAGUAAUUACUACCGUCAGAAAGAAGCAAUACGUGUUCCGAUCAAGUGGCUGGCCAUUGAAAGCCUAUCUGAGUCAGUUUACACAACCAAAAGUGAUGUGUGGUCAUUUGGUAUAACUAUGUGGGAGAUUGUUUCUCGAGGAAAAACACCAUAUCCUGGUGUUCAUAAUCAUGAACUGCUGGAUCUGCUGUUGGAUGGACACMGACUGAAACCACCUGUGGACUGUGAUCAGAAACUUUAUGAAGCCAUGCACAGCUGCUGGGAAUCAGAACCAAACCUGAGGCCUGACUUCAGAGAUCUACUCAACACACUGACAUGUCUUUUGUCUGAGCUUCCAGUCCUGGAGGCCUGUCAUGAAGCCACAUACAUCAACCAAGGCUUAGAUGUUGCUGCAGCUGCAUCUGAGGAUCCUCAGACCAACUUAGCAGGAAGAUUGGAAAAUGAGUACUUACCUUUACCAGUGAGUGAAGAUGGAAGUGGAAACAGCCGCAGUCCCAGCAGGGAGCAUCCUCCACCAACGUGAAAGAAAUUCCGAUCAGUUCAGUUUAGUGUGGUGAGGACUACAUUUAUCAGGCUCUGCUUUGAGGCUGAACAAAAAUAAAUAAAUGACAGGAUUAGGAUCCUCAAGGGUCCCUGAGCACACAUUCUCAAAGACUUCCCACAUCUUUGUCACAGAUCAUUUUACACAGCUUUAAUGGAUUUUCUGCUAAUUGUUUUUUGAUACAACAUACUCAAACCUAAAAGUGAAAUUGACCUUAAAUGAGUGCAAACAUCUAGCUCAUCAGCCAAUAAAGAUUCUUUUGUUUGAUCACAAUUCAACACUUCAGCCUGUAAAAUACACUGUGGUACAUAUAUAAAGUUUUUUUUCAUCUCUGAACAGUGAUUUUGAGAUAGAACUGCUGAAUUAUGGAAGAAAACUAGAAAUUCUUUGGUCAAUAUUGUUAUUAUGAACACUGAAAACAAUACAUGGAGUUUGGAAAAAAAUGCAUUUUUUGCACUUUGCCGAAAAGUUACAUUUUCUCUCAACACUUUACUUUUUAAAUUUUGCUUAAAAUAACAGACUGAAUAAAACAAUUACCAAAAUAAACAGAGGAAACCAGCAAAGAACAUUUCCAUUAAAUUGUAGUCUUAAAAUAUUUGUUUUUCUUUCAUUAAGUCCCAUGUUAUACAGGGUGUAUCAGAAAAAAAUUAUACUCUCAAA